AAUAAUAUUGUGAAUACUUUUUUAAGUGAAUUUUAAAAUGUCACGUUAGUUUGAGUCUGGUGAAUUGAGAAACGAGAAUAAAAAUUUUUUUGACAGCUGAUAAUAAUAUUAUAUAUUAAAUGUCUUACUUAUCGUUAUAGUCAAACAAACAAAAUAAGAGAAAGCAAAGUUUGUUUGUGAUGUUAAUUUGAUAUGAGCAUUGUGCGGCUUGAAAAUAUAAUUAAAUUCAACAUUUAGUUUAUCAACUUACGAGAUUCACUUAAGCAUUUAAAUAAUGAGUUCAAAUAAUUCUGCUUUAGCACAUUUAACAGCCACUUAUACAGAUUCAGAGAAUGAAGAAGAAGUUAAUGAUAAUGAUGAAGGCGACAAAGAUGUAGAAAUGGCAGAUUCUUUAAAACAAAAACAACCAACAUCAUCUGUUCCAUCACCACAGUCAGCUGAAUCAAAUCAAGAACAUCCUUCAAGCAAAAAAGCGUUAAGACUUGUAAGUUAUCAUGAUGAUACUUAUGUUUCAGAUGAAGAUGAUAAUGCACCACCACCCAGCAAUGCUAUAGUAAUUAAACCAAAAGAAGAGCCAGCAGAAACAAUUAAUGAUGUUAAAGAUGAGGAUAUUCAUAGCAAGUACACCCACUAUGGUUUCACUUUGCCAAGUGAACCUAAGGGAAAACCAAGUUUGGAAUUAAUAAAAAAAAUACAACAUUUAUAUAAUAAAAUGGAAACAAGUAAUAUGGACAUGAACAGGGUCAUUCAAGAAAGAAAAGAAUUUAGAAAUCCUAGUAUAUAUGAAAAAUUAAUUCAAUUUUGUGAUAUCAAUGAGUUUGGUACUAAUUAUCCAAUUGAAAUGUAUGACCCGUUUCAGUGGGGACCUGAGAGUUAUUACGAAGAAUUAGCUAAAGUUCAAAAAAAUGAAAUGCUAAAAAGACAGAAAGAAAGAAAAGAAAAUGAUAAAAUAGAACAAGCAGCGGCAGCAGCAAGAAAAGUUGAAGAAGAAGCAAAAAAGAGAAAAUCCAAAUGGGAUCAACCAGCACCAUCAGUAGUGGUUAAACCCACAAUAACAGCUUUAACGGCGAGUGUCACGGGAACAAAAGGUACUGUUAUAUCAGCUUUCGGCUCAUUACCUAAAAAAAUUGGAUGAAAAUAUUUAUACGAAAUAUAUUUU